AUGAGCCAAACACCAGAUAUAUACCACGACGGUCGGCGUUGGGCCAAGUUGCUUUUUCUUCCAACUGAGAUGUCGUUGAACGUCAUUGCAUUGAUCUCUGGCGGUAAAGACUCGUUCUUUUCCCUCCUGCACUGUAUAGCCAAUGGUCACAAGAUCGUGGCGCUCGCCAACUUGCACCCCUCACCCACAGCCGGCGAUGAUGAAGACAUCAACAGCUACAUGUACCAGACGGUCGGGCACUCUGUGAUUCCGCUGUACGAGCAGGCGCUGGGCAUCCCACUGUACCGGCAGGAAAUCACCGGAAAAGCCGUGAAUUCGGAGAGAGACUACUCGGCCGCACCGUCGCAGCAAGAGCAGGAUGAAACCGAGGAUCUGAUUCCGCUGCUGAGCAAGGCGAUGCUUGCUCACCCGGAAGCGAAUGCCGUGUCAACGGGCGCGAUUCUUAGCACGUACCAGCGUACGAGAAUCGAGUCUGUGGCGCUGAGACUGGGCUUGACGCCGCUGUCGUAUCUGUGGCAGUAUCCGCUGUUACCGCCGUACUCGCAGUCGCAGCUCCUGCAUGACAUGGCUGCGGUGGGUCAGGAGGCGAUCAUCAUCAAGACGGCGUCGGGGGGGCUGGAUGAGCGGAUUCUGGGCUGGAACGUUGCUGCGCAGAGCACCAUCACCAAGCUGCAGAAGGCUAUGGCGAAGUUUGGCGAAGAAACUAACGGGGCUGUUUUGGGCGAGGGCGGGGAGUUUGAGACGCUGGCGCUGGAUGGCCCGAAGCCGCUGUGGAAGAAGAGAAUCAGGAUCGAGCCGGGGGCGGCGGGCGUCAGCGAGGGCGGGCAGUCGGUGCUGAAGAUGAGAGCGAGCGAGCUGGAGGACAAGAGCGAGGAGAUUAGUGAUUGCUACGAGGCGCCGAGGAUCCCCGACAUGUUCGAUGACGAGUUCAAGAGGGUGUUGAAGCAGCAGGAGAACAGCAACGAUGCUCAGUCUUUCGUCUCCGACGACGCAACACUCCUGAAUGAGCGUGUUGAUACCGCCACUUCGUCGACGUUUGACGAUCUACCUAGGAACGCGUCCGCCGAUACGCCCACCGUCUUCACCUACUCGAAUCUCUGCGACACAUCCCGCUCCAGCAGCCCCUCUCGCCAGCUCACCAAGAUCCUCCUCCGCCUCGACCACGUGCUCAAGCAAUGGGACCUCUCCCGCAUGAGCGUCAACCACUGCACGCUCCUCCUCCGCUCCAUGUCCGACUUUACAGUCCUCAACCCCAUCUACGGCCAGUACUUUUCCGGCGUGAACCCACCCGCGCGCGUCACCAUCUCAGUCGGCGACUGCAUGCCCGAGGGCAUCGACGUGAUGCUCAGCAUCACCAUGGACAAGGACACUAAAGACGGCAAAGGCAAGACCGUGCGGUCAGUCUCGCGACAAGGCCUGCACGUGCAGGGACGCAGCUACUGGGCGCCCGCCAACAUCGGACCGUACAGCCAAGCCAUCUCGGCACGCCUCCCGUCUGGCCUCGACGACGCAGAAAGCAGCAGUGGCGAGAUAGUCUACGUCGCGGGCCAGAUCCCCCUCGUCCCCGCAUCGAUGGAGGUGUACACGGAACGAGGGUUCAAGGGGCAAGCCACGCUCUCGCUGCAGCACCUCUUGCGCAUCGGCCGCGCAAAAGGCGUGCGCUGGUGGACAGCCGCGGUAGCCUUCAUCCCCGCGAGCGAGAAUGUAGAGGAGAAAGUAAAAGCCGCACAGGAUGCGUGGAGAUGCAUCCACUCCUCUUCUUCCCCGCAUACCACCUCCUCCGAAGACGAAGACGACGACGACGACGACGACGACGAAGAAGAAGAGGAUAUGGAUGUAGACAUCGACCCCUGGGACCGCCGCAACACGCACACCGCCCUCUUCAACGACCACACCCACCGCUCCCGGAUCCCGGACCCAGACAUCUCCGACAACGGAUCCCCCCCGCCCUGCUUCGUCGUCGAAGUAGCCUCGCUCCCACGCGACGUGGACAUAGAAUGGAGCGCAACAGGCCUCACCACCUCCUCUGCAUCCCUGCAACACUCCACCCUGGCACCGCUUAGCAUCACCUCCCUCUCUCCUUCUUCUUCUUCUCCUUCUUCUCUUUCUUCUCCUUCUUCUUCUCUUUCUCCUCCUUCUCUUUCUCCUUCUUCUCUUUCUCCUUCUCUUUCCCCUUCUUUCUCUUCUCCCCAAUCAGCAACCUCCACAUUCUACACCCUCCAACUCCACACCCCCGCCGACGCAACCGCGCUGCGCCAUCUCGGCCGCGAGGGCGUGCGCGCUUGGACGGCAGCGACGCUGUACGCGACGUCUGGGGUUGGGGUCGAUGCGUGGAAGAAGGUGGGGCUUAGGGGCGUGCAGUGGGUGCCUUGUCGGCGGGUCUGGGGGAGCGGGGGGAGGGCGUGUGGCGGGGUGGUGGUGGGGAGGUGGGAUGGUUAG